AUGUACGCGCAUAUAAUAUACCCUACCUCUCAUGCCAAUUUUCUUCCUCCAACUCAUCUCCAUGUCUCAAUCGCCAUGAAUGCAUGUCUAACACAUAUGAUUUGUGCAGGUUGCCUGACGUGCUGGUGCCCUUGCAUCACGUUCGGGAAGGUGGCGGAGAUCGUGGACAGGGGCUCGACGUCGUGCGGCACCAGCGGCGCGCUGUACGCGUUGCUGGGGUCGCUCACGGGGUGCCACUGGAUCUACUCCUGCACGUACAGGUCCAAGAUGCGCGCCCAGUACGCGCUCCCGGACGAUCCCUGCUGCGACUGCUGCGUCCACUUUUGCUGCGAGCCCUGCGGCCUCAUCCAGCAGUACAAGGAGCUCAAGGCCCGUGGAUACGACCCCGACAUCGGCUGGCACCUCAACCUUGAGCGCGGCAACGGCGGCACCGGUGCUGGCGGCGUCAACCCGCCCGGCAUGCAGGAGAUGGGCCGCUAG